CACACAUUGAUGUUUCUCUCUCUUUCUUCCUCCCUUCCCCUCUCUCUAAAAAUAAAUAAAUAAAAUCUUUUAAAAAAGGGAGAUCCCUUCAUGACUGGAGGCAAAGGACUGGGCACAGCUGUACCAGAGACUCUCCAGGAACAUGUCCAACCAAGCUUCCCAAGUUUGGAAUUUCCAGGGUCAUGAAACAUUCAUCCUCUCCCUUGGGCUAGAAGGAUGGAAGGAUUUGGCAUUUCCAUGACUAAAUUGCCCUGUAACACCGCCAAUAAGGUUGCUUCCCUCAAGGAACCUCUGUGCCACUAGGGGGCACACUUCUUAUGUCUGCCUGCCUAGGGGUGUUGCUGUCCAGAGGUGUUGGAGGGCUUCCACCUCUUGCCUUUAUACGUUCUGUGGACACUCAGGAUACCUGCAGCCACUUUCCUCUCUCAUUGGUGCUUUCUCCCCAACCUCAUGCUCCUCUUAACCACAAUGGUACUUGUGCUCAGUGGUCCUACAGGUAUGUGCACUGAUUUGUUCCUAUUAAAAAGCUGUCUUCCACCUACCUACUGUGACCUCUGCCUGGUGCUUUCAAGGAAGGGCACUGUUUGUGGCCAUUCUGAUUAAACUGCUGAUCACUUUUUGCUACAAGUAGUUCUUAGGUACUAAGUUCAAAGUCAGUGAGGGCUGGGGAGAUGCAUGAUAUUGGGGUGUGGGUAGGCCAUGCUGGGCCAUAGGACUUCUAUCAUCCCUUUCAUACAUUCUUACUGCAGGCUUGGAAUUAAAGGUAGAUCAGCAAUCAACCUUUCUUUGCACCUAGCAGGAGCUGAGAUAGCAGGGGAGUGCCUAGAGAAUUUGGGACCCAGGAUUGGGUACAGGAGGAGCAUGAAUACUUCCCUAGGUAUAAGGCUCUCCUUGUUUAAUCAUUAUCCCACUGCUUCCAAGGCAGUGUCUUCAAGGAGGCGGGACUGGGUGGGGGGUAAAUGGGAAGGUUGGCUGGCUUCAGUGGACCUUGUCCCUACCCCGAGGACAGGGUUGUUGAUUCAACUAUGGAGGCAGCUGCAGAUCUUCAGGACACGGCUUCAUUAACUCUGAAGUUUGAGUUUAACCCAAAGCUGGGCAUUGAUAAUCCUGUCCUGUCCCUGGCCGAAGAUCACAACCCUUCUGAUCUCUGGAGCCUGGAGCGGCCUCGCUUCUGUCUGCUGAGUAAAGAAGAGGGCAGGAGUUUUGGCUUCAAUCUACAGCAGGAGCUGGGCAAGGCCAGUCAUGUGGUGUGCAGGGUGGAGCCAGGAUCCUCUGCCCAGGAGCAGGGUCUACAGGAAGGAGACCGGAUCCUGGCAGUGAACAACCAUGUUGUGGAACAUGAAGAUGCUGAGGUGGUGGUACUCCGCAUCCAGGCCAGUGGUCCUCGAGUGCUGCUGACAGUUUUGGCGCAGCACGUGUAUGAUGUGGCUCGAGCUCAGUAUGGCAAUGAUGUCCUCCUCUGUCCUACUCUCAGCCCAGGGGUCCGGCCCCGUCUGUGCCACAUAGUGAAAGAUGAGGGUGGUUUUGGCUUUAGUGUCACCCACGAACAUCAGGGUUCUUUCAGGUUGGUGCUGAGUACUGGAGGAGCAGCUGAGCGGGCAGGGGUACCCCCUGGGGCCCGACUAUUAGAAGUGAAUGGGGUCAGUGUGGAGAAGUUCACUCAUAACCAACUCAGCAGAAAGCUUUGGCAGAGUGGAGAGCAGGUCACCCUUCUGGUAGCAGGACCAGAUGUGGAGGAACAGUGUCGCCAGCUGGGAAUGCCUCUGGCUGCACCCCUGGCAGAGGCCUGGGCACUGCCUGCCAAGCCCCGCUGUUUGCACCUAGAGAAAGGGCCCCAGGGCUUCGGGUUCCUGCUCAGGGAGGAGAAGGGUCUUGGUGGUCACCUCGGGCAGUUCCUUUGGGAGGUGGACCCAGGACUGCCAGCUGAGAGGGCCGGGAUGCAAGAUGGGGACCGGCUGGUGGCUGUGGCUGGGGAGAGCGUGGAAGGGCUGGGCCAUGAGGAGACAGUGUACAGGAUCCGGGCGCAGGGUUCCCGUGUCUCCCUCACUGUUGUUGACCCGGAGGCUGACCACUUCUUCAGCAUGGUUCGCUUGUCUCCACUCCUCUUCCUGGAGAGCACAGAAGCUCCUGCCUCUGCCCAGGACACCCGCUCAGCCUCUCUGGUUGAGACCAAGGAUUCACCAGUUGAAGACACAGCUGUGUCUCCUGUCCCAUGUGGGUCCCACCAGUGCUUCUUGUACCCUGGGCCUGGUGGUGGCUAUGGCUUGCGACUCAGCUAUGUGGCCAGUGGGCCUUGUCUUUUUAUCUCCCAGGUGAUUCAAGGAGGCUCAGCAGCCCGGGCAGGACUGCAAAGGGGAGAUGUGAUUCUGGAGGUGAAUGGCAAUUCUGUGGAUGGAUUGAAUGACCUGGAAAUGCUUCAGCAGCUGACUGAAGCUGAGCCACCUCUGUGCCUGAAACUGGUGACCAGGUUUCCAUAGGGCUUGGAAGCAUGGAUUCCCCCAGGGUCUGUAGAGGAAUGGGCUGUAGCCUCAGGUCUGUUGUAGUGCCCUUCUCCUUGGCACAGACCUACCCAGUAGUUUUCCUGUCUUCAUUUUCCAGCUGGAGGUAGUAGGAGCUGAGCUGCUUUCUUUACGCCAAAAACUGGAUCUCUAGGGCUCUGGACAAUCACAGGCUUACCCAGAGUCUCCCUUCCCCCCAUGGGGCCCACCUUCCUGAAGAGGAUGUGGUCAGAGGCCUCAGGCUGGUCCACUAGGAAUCCUGCCCUCUAACACCAGAGGAACACAUGUGGAAGCUUUGGAAGCUAUGCCCCAAGGAUGAAGUUCUGCCUAAGAUGAGUGGUGUGAUUUUGUGAUUUAUAAUAAGAAAUAUAUAUUUGGUCUUCAUACUCAUUCCUGGCACAGAGCUCUUAUAACCCUUGGAAUUUCUUAAGUAAUAAGAGCAAUAAAAGGUGGGGAAGUGGGGGAGGAUGGUUACCAGGGGAACCAACCUGUGUUUACAGGAUUGAAACUUUCAGCCCUACCCCCACUUCCACCCCACACUGGCUUCCUGGGUGGGGAGAGGGGUUGAAACUUUAAUUAACCACCAAUGGUUUAAUCAAUCAUGCUUAUGUAAUGAAGCCUCUAAAAAAAUCAAAAAAGCCAAGACUCAGAGGGCUUCCUUCCAGGUUACUGAACAUGUGGAGAGGGCAGGAGCUACCAUGCUCAUACCCUGCCCUAGGCAUCUCUUCCCUUUGACUGUUCCUGAAUUAUAUCCUUUAUAAUAAACUGGUAAUUAA